CGUGUUUACUCUCGGAGAAAUUUUGGUCCCGUGCCUUUUCCCCCCUUGGUGCCUUAGGCUAAAGGCCAUGCUUAGGUGUUCUUCUCCCGAGGGAUAUUUCGGUACAACCUUCCUCUCCGGGUUUCGUCUACGAAUGUUGUUCAAUUCGCGUGCCUUUCAGGCGCACAGGACCUGCGGCUCCCCGUACGCCUUGACGAUUUUGCUGAGCCACAGUGGAAACAAGCCUCCCCGGGGUUCUCCAGGUUUGGGCUCGUUUAGUUGGGGGAUAGACACGCCCAUGAGUAUGGGGAAGGUCUAAUCCUUAGGUAAGAUGAAUAGACUAUCAACUCCUAGUUUACCUAGUUUCUCCUGCUUGUCCCGGGUCCCCACCGAGCCGG